UCACCCUUCAGACGGCGCCGCGUCCACUCGCUUCGGCUCAACACACUCUACGCCAGUCAAACUGUGACACCAAUCCGAGUGCUCAUCCUUAAACCUCCCGAUGAGCUCGUUCAUUCGCAGCAGUAUCUCAUCAAUCCCGGACACCCCUCGCAAAGGGCGCACGCGAGCGAUUUUCACCCAGUCCCACCUGCGUUCGAAGGCCUCGAACACUCGCCUGACCCGCGGGUCCGUCCCUGCUCCACCGAAGUUGGCCACAUACCCAAUCAGAUACCACGGCCGCAGAUGGAUUCGCUGGGUGAAUGGAGGGCCUCGACCGCCGUUGUGCUCAGCCAGCCGGUCGCGGAGACGGGCUGUGGACCCAAUGUAGAACUCCGAUGGGUCUCGUGUGCUGCCGAGAGCAUACGCAUAGCCGACGUUGUCAUUGGGGAUGUCUAUGGUCUUGCGGAUGAACGGAUAGUGGCUGUAGUCCACUACCGGAACCCUCGCACUGGUGACCCCUGCUUGAGUCGAUGUGCAGUCCAGCCGCCUGACCUUCUCAAUGCAGUUCUCCAGCCAGGCCGACCGCUGGCGUAUGAGCAGCUCGAGACACCGCCUCACCUCCUGUCGCGUGUUGCGAAAAUAGAUGCCGUUCAGCCGGCGGGUGCGUGACAGCAGCACCACCAGCAUCGCCUUCUCCCAUACAUGGUACGCAGAGUCCGCCAGGUCGGCGGGGGACAAGAUGCGGGUCCUCAUAACAUCGAAGGUGUCCCCGAUGGCCUUGUGGAUGGUCAGCGCGCUGUGGUGGACGAGAUGAAACAUGUUUCGGCGCCCCAUGGUCAUCCGGGAAUCCAGAACGUGCGGAGACGUGUCGAUGCGGGGCACGCGAAUCAGCGGCCACUGCUGAAUCACGGCUGACGUCGCGGCCUGAAGCUGGCCGAUGUCCACAUCCAAAGGUGCCACCCGUACCGCAAUGUAUGGGCUCUGCGGAUCCGCACAGUGAGACGCGUCGCCGACAAAGCACAGGCGCCCAUUGGAGAUGCCUCGGUCGUUGAGGUUGCUGCUGAACCGCAUGCACGCGCCGUCCCACACCGUGAGCUGAUCCGGCUCACUAAGCUUCUUCGAAAUGCGCUGCACUAACCGUCGAUUGCGCGUCGGCUGCCACCUAUAUAAUACCACCAUCACACCCACAAACCCACGGGUCAAGGACAGACACACCUAGCGGUAUCCAGAUCAUUCAAACGCAUACCUGCCCGGCAUGUUGGACGUCUCAUCCACAGCGUGCACGGUGUGCAUGAUGACACUGGCCGACGUCUGCUGUACACGCCUGAUGUACCGCUGGACGGCCGCCUUCUCCGCCUCCUGCUUGCCAAACACCAUGGUCGCAGCGUCCGGGAUAUCGUCCCAGGUGUCCACGAAGUUGCAAUUUUGCUCGACGAUCUGCCACGCCUGAGCAAUAUCGGCGGGCGAGCUCUGCGGCUUCUCCAUGAGACACACGAGCUCGUGGUGGUCCCGGUUCAGAUAGCGGAUGCUCUCCUUGAAGAGGGCCACGCGGAACGACGUGAUGAGGAGGGUGGACGACCAGAAGGUGUCCCUAUUCAGCUGUACCAGCUGCGGAACCGCCCCACUAGCCAUCACAACCGCACCACCGAACGGCACCUGGUUGUCCCGGAUGACUCGCAAGACGAUGUCCAUGGCGGCGAUAGUCUGAGCACUGAGCAGCCCCACUUCCUCAAUGAAAAAGCAGUGGGUGACCUGAAGCAGCGCCCACCGACCAGGCGCUUGGCUGAGCGAACUCACGGCAGCCUUGGCCUGGAUGUGCGGCGGCUGCUUCUCGUGGCGCGGGUCAAGGUUGAACAGCUUGUGCACGUGGACGCUACCGAACUGCAGGGCCUUCUUGGACUGCAGUGCCGUGUACUCGAUGUCGAAGCCCAGGCCUAUCGCGUACAGCGCCAGCUGACAGAGCACGUGCGUCUUGCCGCUGCCGGCCAUGCCUACUAGCAGCAGCCCCGGCACCCAUGAAGUCAGCCCGCUCCUGGCCGCAUCCAGGAUUUCACACCACAUCUCGUACACCUCGGUCUGCUCAUUAAACGACGCCACCGUCUGGCCGACUGAUGCAGCACGACGAAUGCUCGGCUCCCAAGCAGGUGGCCCCAUGCCCUGCGGCUGGGCCCUCGCCGAUAAGGGUAGGUAGGGCUGUCUCAAUGUCGACCUCUUCAGCUCCUCCACCAACGGGCCCCUCUGCGCAGCGGAGAUAUUUACGCAUCCCACAAGCGUCUCCGCCAGCCGCUUGCGACGCUCCGCUCAGGCGGCCUUCACCUGCUCCGUCAACUCCCAUGCCAUAGACGCCAUGUCCACCAGUGGGACGCCACCGACGUGGAACAUGCGCCCGAAGAAGACGUCAUGAGUGUACUCAUGUGCGCGCUCCAGGGUGGUGUCGAAACCCUUGGUCGUGUAUGACCCAUUAAAGAGGUCCCGCCUCGCCCAGAGGCGCAGCAGCCGGUCCGCAUCUCUGGCCGUAGCUUCCGGAUCCUCAUCGGGGCGCUCGUUGAGCAACCCCGCACGCGAGAAGCUCUCAGCCAGCGACGACACCGUGAACAGGUCCAUGUCACAGACGAACCGACCGAACCGGUACAGCAAAUGGAUGAAGAACUUGUGGGGGUUGUCCGGCUUGACGGCGGAGAACACGAUGACCACCUCUUUGGCGUUGUGCCUCGUUCGCGACUCCACGAACCGCUGUACAAAGGCCUCUUCGUUCUUGUUGACCACCGCUUGCUGCAGACGCUCGAGGAGAGCGAUCAUGGCACCGUGAGACGCGUACGCGCCGCUCGAGCCGCAGCGCUGUCGACAGGCCUCUACCGCCUCCAUGAGGUACCGCUGGCAAAACUUGACGGUCUGCAAGCCGCCGUCGGUUAGAGGUGUGGCGGUCAAGUCCUCAGCGACGUCGUACCGGUUGCGUCGCGCAGUCGGGGGCCGCUGCGACAGGACCAUCCACCUGCACCACACCACGCGUACACAAAGACACACCCAUCCAUCAUCCAUUGAUUCAUGCAUCCAUAAGUCACACCGUCUAUCCUGCUUCGUCCCUCACUCACUUGAAGUACUCCUCGAUAGAAUCGAUCCAGUGGAGCUCGGGUGGGCGGAUGCCGAAUACGCUGACCUGGUCCAACGGCUUCCACGUCAGGAACAGGUCGUAGAUAACCCUGUGCUGACCCUCCGUGAACUGCCGCCAAAGUGCGUUGGGAAGGACGCGCUGCCUCGCCUCUACUGGCACCGGCUGCGUGCCCGAGCGGAAGCCCUGCGGGUUGCCCGGGCGAGGCUGUGCCGGCGCGUUCUGAACGCUGUCGACUGACAGCUCGAGAUUCUUGGCCCUCCAGCCGCACCGCAGCUCCGGAGGCAGGGACGCGACAUGGAUGCAGUCGACCGAGGACGUCACAUACGGAAAGUCGUACAGCUGCCACAGCAUCUCGGAAUAGGAGAUCCGCAGCGCCUGCCGGUGACGCGUGUCUCGAGGCCUUCCCUUCGUCUUGCUGUCGCUAGCAGCUGGUCCGGGUGUGCCGUCCUGCGGUCCCUGUGGUGGUUGGCUAUCACCACCAGCAGCAGCUGCUGCUGCCGCGCCUCCCUGACCCUGCGCCUGGCGCGCACGCGCUUGCACCCCGCCGAUCUUCGUGUUCUGGAUGCCGUAGCUGUUGACGCGAACGUCGGUGAGCGCGCCCCUGUCGGACUCACGGGCCACACUCAGGCUGGCCGUCGCCUUCUCCUCAGCACCCGCCACAUACCUGCAAACAUUCAAACAACGCAAACAACAAGCAAGAACUUCAUGAACGCCAUCACAGAAACAUGCAGAAUAUGAUAUGAUAUGCAUCGUCAACCUCGCGGCCUUACUUUUCGAGGUAGGCCUUCACCGACUGGUAGUCGACGAUCUGGACGUUCACCGAGCAGCACAAGAGAAAGGCCAUGUCGGGAAUGAACUGGGACAUCAUCUCGUCGCCCUUCACACACGGAGGGUAGUGGCGGCCGCCCUCCAGCUCGACCACCGGGCGCAGCAGCGGAUAAUCCUCGCCGUCUGGCGUCGGACUCCUGCCGUCCAGCCCGGCCACAUAUGCGAUGCGGUCCUCCGACUCCUCGGUCAGCCCCAACUUCUCGAGGAUCCGCAAGACCUUGGCUGAGUGGUUCGACUGCGCCCGCUCGUAGAUGUGGGUGUCCGUCACUCGAUUGGGAGUCCGCCGACAGAUCUUUCUGAUGUUGCCCUCCCCGUCUGUCACCUCCUUCAUACAGCGGCCGCCCGACUUGCUGCAGUCGUGCCGCAAGUGCUCGUUCAAAAAGUCCUCCCUGUCGAGAAAGUCCGCCUUGUCCUUGACAAUCUUGAGGUCCUCCGUGAAGCGCUCGAGCGGAUACCGCUGUUUCUGCCCCACCUCAGUCGACCGCCGUGCGCCCACAAAGUCGGUCGACGCCACCACGCGGUCCGUCACUUGGCGAGAGAGCCGCUCCUCUAACGUGCCCAGCAGGCCGUGCAGAUGCGGGAACUGCCCGACCUCAGUCUGGAACUCUCUUCUGCAGCGCAUCAGACCCACACAAAGACAUGCUAGAUCUGUGAAAGAUUUCACAGAGGGCCGCUGCCAGCGAUAGAGGCGCUUGCUGUACGGUGUGUCAACAGACAAUACGCUGUCUAAUGUCAUCACCAUCUCGCGAGGCCCCUGUAUGGGCUGUAGUUGACUGUGAAAUCGACAACGAUAACUGUAAAUUACCAAGAGACGCUUGUUUGACCGGGCAACGCGUACCACUUAAAUAUGUGCCCACAUCGAAGUGCACACAUAAUAAGGACACGCUGUUUCAUAUUCUCGCGAGGCAGCGAAUGGCAGCUACCCGUAGAACUGACCGUCAUAGCUAAUUGUGCAUGCAUUGAAGCUUUGGCGGACAACUAUUGAUGACUGUAUCUCUCAUUAUGCAUGCGCGAGAGGGUCUACGAUGGUUCCGUCUCUGGUUUCGAUACCUCAAAUCGACCGAGCUCUUUUUCUAGACGGGCUAGCACGAGGCAGCGGGUAUUUCUCUCUUGUUGCGCGACUCAACUUUGUCAGCCGCUCAAUCUCGAUCUUGAGAGUGGUCGGAAAUUUCUUCUUCAAGUCUUGCCUCGAGUAUUGCCGGAGAAUCCCCAAGCCGUCCCCAUCGGUCACCCGUGAGAACGCCACAAGCUGGCCGGGACGAAUGUUUGUGUUGCUGACCCAUGCGGCUGGCCUCAGAUCGAUAAUCAGGCGCUCUUUCGUUGUGGACUGCAGCUUCCAGAAGGUCAAUGCGCUGGCGCUGAUUAUCGGCAGCUGCGUUCGUCGGACGUUAUAUUUGUGCUUCGGAAUUAGCUUCUCCUCGUCUGGUGACGCGGGGAUUCGCGAGGGCAUCUCGAUAGUGAAGGUGUCGGUGUGAAGAAAGACCGGCGUGAGAGGCUUUCCGGACGGCGAAAACGGCACGCCAUCGAUAGGAGCGUGGUCCGCCUUCUCCACGUCCAUGAAGACGCACAGCGGUAGCUCGGUCGCGACAAUGAUGUCGACCGGCCGAUCGGACACUGUUGCUGUGUGCUUGGAGAAGAACGCGGAGGGGCUGAAAGCGGCCGAGUGGAAGGUCGCCUGGCUUCCAUUGUUGAUGUGCAGCUCUGUCGCAUCAUUGCAGGUGAGCAAGUACUGCUGAUCCCGGAUGAGGGCCAAAACCUACGGCAUGUUGCCGGUCUUGAUCUCAGAAAUCAUGGACAGGUGCCUGUGGAGCUCGCGAGACGGCCGUUUCUUCUGGCUGCGUUCAGUGAUGUCCAUAUCGUCGGCCACGCACAAAAAAAUCGGCUUCUGUUCUUUGUCGGCGGCACAGAGGGCAUUCAUCAUCACUAGAGGGAUCCGCAGCUCGGCCUCCCAUACGCCAAUGGGUGCGGUCUGCCAUUUGGGGUCGGUCAUGUCAAUGGCGCUUCCAGUCCCGCCAAUAACGCGUGUCUCCAGCCAUCGAUAGUCCUCUUCAGUGAGCUUCUCAUUGCGGAACCGCUCGAAGAACGCCUGAUACCUGCGGCCGCUCUCCGUCUGCUUGAAUCGCAUCCCAUCCUCGAGAAGCACGACGGUAUCGAAGAGGGUCUUGUACAGCCGCACACCUGCAAGACAUCACCAUGUCUCAUCUGUCCCUGCUCUGUUCAAUGCAGUGCUUUGUACCCUCGGAAGGCUUCAUCGUCUUUGCAUACAGCGCUGUCCCACCGAUGGGCCCAAACUGUUUGACGUCUCCAGAUAAGAGGAUGCUCAUGUUCUCGAACGGAGGCUGGUGCUCGGCAUGCGGAUCUUCGGUGGCCCGCAGCUCAUGCAGGCGAGCGUUCAUCUUUUCGAACAAGCUGGCGUACAGCGUCGAGUACUCGUCCACCAACAGAUACCACGUUUGCUGCCACAGGACCUGAAAUGACAGCUCCUUCCGCAUGUCGUCAGUAGUGGCACUCCCUCGACCGCGGCGGCGGUGCUCCUGCCUGUUUCUGGGCUUGUACACCUCUAUUUGGAGGGCCGAGUGUAGGGUCGAGCCUGAGAUAGUAGAGGCAGCCACACCUGAGACAGGCAAUCCGCACAAAGCGCAGCGCAGAUACGCAGCCCAGGUGGGACAAAUCAAACCAACAGCAAAUGGAAAUCAGUUCAUCGUACCGGUCAUCGCAGUCUUUCGAAACCAGAACGGCCGACCAAUACCAGCGAAAUACAGGGCCAGCGCCUGCACUACCCACAAUUUGCCGCAUCCGGGGCCGCCCGCAACAACCAUGUUGAGUGGCGACACAGCAGCAAAGUCCCCGCAGUCCAAGGCGGCAAAGUUGUCAUUCACGUGCUUGGCGACGAUACGGACGACCCGCUCUUGUUCGGAAUUGAGCGUGAACUUCUCGAUAGCCAACUUCGCUACUCUCACGCGGUCGCCAUCCGUCAUGGCUUCAAACUGCAUCGAUUGAAGCCACCGUGUAUAGUCUAGCGCGCCCGCUGCACUGCUGUCGCUCGCCUCACACAUCGCCAGCAGCUCGGCGUCCGACAUUCCCUGGAUGCUCCGUCGUUGAGGUAUGCCACCGGUAUCGCGCGCUGCGUGUACUGUGGUUGGCGUGCCAUCAUCGACAUCCAUCUCUUCCGCGCCCUCUCCCAGCCCGGCCGCGGCGAUGUCCGGCUGACCGCUCCUUCGUCGCUGCAGCAUUGCAAAGAGGGUCUUCUGCAUAGCCUUCACUGCUGCCAGGCCCUGGUUUCUCGCGACAAUAUCAGUCACUCCGGGAUCUUGCAAAGAGACAUAUGCAUGUAUAUCUCAGGCCUUUCUUUACAUUAGUUCUGACUUGAGAUGGCAUAUUGAGCGUGGCAGAUGUGGACGGCUUAUCGAUGUGAACAUUCAGCUGUGGCGUAGUCAGGCCGAAACGCUUGCAGACGGCGUCCAUGCCCUCUCUCAUGUGUUUCUGGCGGUCGGCGAGGAAGCGCUCAGGGACCGACAGACUGUAGUUAACACCCGCUAUGCGAUCCAGCUUCUUAAACAGCUCCACAUCCGACGACCUUGCAGGGCUCGUCAGCUUGUCCACCAUCACCUGCGCCUCCUUUAGCAGCGCCUGGCGAGCGUCAUCCUCCUCGCGAAGUGCCUCGUCCAUCUGGUCCAGCAAGUCUCGCGCGUCGAACGUGGCAUUCUGUUCCUCCUGCUCACUUCGAAACGCCUUGUCGAUCUUCGCGUCGGCCUGCGUGCGAUGAGCGCCCUCAAUGUUGUCAAUCAGUUCGACUGUCCAACGCGCCACGGGGUCGUCGAUGGAUGUGUCUGCCGCUCGCUGUCGAUGCCACGUUUCGAACUCGUCCAGCGCGUCCUGCCACGUUCGACACAAGCCUUUCAGCUGCUUCACUAAAUUGAAGCCGGUCCGAUUGGGUCUCUCGGUGCACGCCGCAUCCACCGAAACAAUGGAUCGCGGUGAGUGCCCUUCAGAGGGACACUUUGAGUCAGGUGAGACAUCACCGUGGAUCGGCAGCUGCGACUCCGCCUCAACAUAUACAGCACUACAGCUGGCGUCCACGUCCUGCAGCAGCUGAUUCAGGUCCAGGUCGAGCUGACAGGGCCGCUCCUGAAAGCUGCUGCCUACAAAGGGCUUGAGCAGAAGCAACAGCUUUGUAGCGCGGUCCUUGAUGGCCCCCGGCUGCUUUAAGUAGCGGCUCGGAAUGGCCAU